AUGAAUCCCCACCAACAGAACAAAGUGGACAUCAAUUCGCUGAGCCCAGAGGAGCAGCGCCUGCUGCGCCUCUACGGCAAGAUGCCAACCAAGAAAGACGUCCUCCAAAACAAGCUCAAGGCAAGUCACACACCAACUCAACCCACAAGACCCAUUCUAACAUUUAAUUUUCUCCAGGAACGCAAAUACUUUGACUCGGGCGACUAUGCCCUCAGCAAAGCCGGCAAAGCCUCCGACGUAGGCGUCACCAACAUUGGAUCCCGCCACCCAGUGCCGGAGAACAUCCCGCACCUCACCUCAACCUCCCCAGGUGCCAACAACUCUGCCAACAAUGGCAGUGUCAGUUCCCAAGGUGGACAACAGAUUCCAGGCAGUAUCAGCGGACACCCUGGCUCGAUCGGAUUCCAAAUCCGCAGCCCAAUCAAGGAUGGAGGUAGCUUCCUACACCGUGGCACCAGUGUUGGUGAAGGUGAGGGCUCUGGUCUGGCCUCUGAAUCAGCCCAGGGUGAGCAGGAGCUUAGUGUUAGCCCCCCUACUGCACGAGAAGGUGUUCCUAUUCGUCGGUAG